AUGGAAUUACGGAAACAAGGUACCAUUGAGGAUACAAACUUCAGCGUGGAAGAGAUUGAUAGAUUGAGAAAGCGGUUCAUGAAACUAGAUAAAGAUGGAUCAGGAGAAAUCGACACGAAUGAGUUUUUGUCAAUCCCGGGUAUAUCAUCAAACCCAUUGGCGUCACGAUUGAUGAAUGUGUUUGAUAAGGAUGGUGAUGGGAAAAUAGAUUUCCAAGAGUUCAUAACUGGAUUAUCUGCCUUUAGUGGUAAAUCAUCCAAUUUAGAAAAGUUGAAAUUUGCAUUCAACAUAUACGACAUUGAUCGCGAUGGUUAUAUUGGUAAUGGAGAGUUAUUUAUAGUGAUGAAGAUGAUGGUGGGGAAGAAUUUGCAAGAUGAAGAGUUACAGCAAAUUGUGGACAAGACCAUUAUGGAAGCUGAUGCUGACGGCGAUGGUAAAUUGAACUUUGAGGAGUUUCGAAAAGCGGUUGAUAAUAAUUCCAUUGCCAACACAAUGACCUUGAACAUGUUUUAA